AUGUACACGAGCCGAUUACUUGGACUGCUCCUCGCAGCACUGUCCAUACUCUCGAUUGCCCAGGCUCUCCAAGUCAACGCAAAUGUCGAGGACAGUUACGACCUCGCCAGGAGGCAGAAGUCGGGCGAAUCCGAUGACAAGUCCAGCUCAGCCGGUCCGCCCAAGACCUCUUCAUCGCCCUCGUUGACCAGCUCCUCCUCGAAACCCACCUCGGACCCAACGCCGACUUCCAACACGGAUGUAUCGACCACGCCGACGACGUCUCCGUCAGCCACGCCUACACCGACCUCAUCCAAGCCGACUCAGCCGACUAGCAAGUCCACGACUUCCACGGAGGAGAAGGAGAGCAGCACCACUAGUGAGAAGAGCACCCCGACGAGCAACACCUCUGUUGUCAAGUCUACCAUCACAAAGGUUAUCACGACUACCAACCCUGAUGGGUCGCCUACCGAGAUCACCAGCGCGUCGACUUCCACCUCGACCCCGGGCUUGGCACAGGACAACUCAGGCAACAAGCAGUCGGGCAUGUCCUCCCAGACCCGCAAUACAAUCAUCGGUGUCGUUGUUGGCGUCGGCGGUGCUAUCGUCCUCGCCGUUAUCGGCCUAGUCGCCUGGAGGAUUUGGGGUCGCAAGAAGCCUGUCGAGGAGCCUGACAACUUGGUCGGCACUGGUUACGCCCCACUGGAAAAGUCAGACAACGGCGGCUCCGUCAGUGGACGUUCUCCAUUCCAGAGCACGCUCGAGAGCUAUCACGCACCCACCCAGGUCAACGCCUCUUCCAACUUCUGA